AAUUUUUAAAAUUAAAAAAAAAUUAAAAUUAAAAUUAAAAUGUUUAUUGCAUCGAAAUGCGGUAAACAAGAACAAUUCUUUUCAUUCCAAUGCUGCAAUGGACGACACGUGAUUGCCAAUUUAGAUCAACGUAUUAUUAGUGUGUUACUUCAAGAAGCAAAGUUGCGCCAAAAGAUAAUCUUUAUACAGGUCACUUUUAUGCUAACUACUUAUUUUGAAUUUUUCUCGAGUUUUUCCGCCUUUUAUUUAAAGUAUCUGUACGAUUGUGUUAAAAUUUGGAAAGACAUUUUUUAAAAAAAUGAAUUCUGUAACUCAAGUUGACGAACUUGUUAAAGAAUAUUUAUUGUUUAGAGGCUUCUCAAAUACAUUUCGUGUUUUCGAGCAAGAAUGUCGCAACGACAAAGAUAAAGGAUUUCAAGCUGAUAAAAUCAUUGAAGAACUAUUUUCUUAUAUUACAUCUAGCGAUAUAGAUGGAUUAUUAGACUAUUGGAAAUAUCUGGAUUUAAGAUAUUUUUCUCGUCUAGAUGCAAGAUUCUUUGAAAGUGUAAAGAAAUUUGAAAUUUGUUUAAUAAGAUAUUAUCUUGUUUAUGCUACGCAACAAAAGAGAAAAGAUAAAAUCCUUGAAUUUUUUGAAACCUUUGGUGCAGAAUUAAACGGCAAUCCUGAAUGGUUAAAAUGGUUUGGGUUGCCAUUUUCAAAAAAUCCUGCUUCAGAUCCCAAUUUCGAAACAUUUUUUACCAGGCAAUGGCUAGAAACAUUCACCAUAUCCCUACAUAAUUUUUUAAACACGAUAUUUCAAAACAUGUCUUUGCCAAGUUUACUAUGUUUCAAUCUCGAUCGAUUACAUCGAAAAACACUUCGAAGUGAAAUUGAAUCAUUACGGAUCGAGAUCGAAAAUCUCAAAAAAGAAAAAGCAAAUGGAGACACUGAGAUUACAUCACUUAAACAAAAAGUUGCUCAACACGAAAUGACGGGUUAUCCCAGGCGAAGAUCUACGGCAUCAAGUAUUAAUAAACAUGAAAUAGAUAAUGGCAUAAAGUCACCAGAAAUGUUUGCAGAUGAUCAAAGCAUGACACCUAUAUCUGAAUAUGAUAUUGAUGAUUCACAUGGACAUAUACACCCCUUCACUGUUACUAGUCAGGAAAUGUUUUUGGAAAAUACAUCAGGCAUCACAGUAGCAAAAAUUUCACAUCAGGGUAAUUUAAUCGCAAGUAGCGAUGUGGAUAAUAUUAUUAGGAUAUGGAGUUACGCAGGAUCAUCAUCACCUACAGUGAAACUCAGUAAUUCUAAUUCUAAUAUAUUAAGUUUAGAAUGGGAAGCCAGAUCAGAUAAACUUUUAUUAUAUGGUACGGAUGAACAAUUGAUUAAAGUGUAUAAUAAAGAGUCUAGAUCGAUUAUUCACGAGUUCAAAAUGGAUGAACAAUUUCCAAAGGUAAAUCAAAUAAGUUGUUCGCCGGUGGAAUCAUUAUUUGCAUGUUCAGGAUCACCAAAAUCAAUAGAUGAUAUGUGCAACAGAAGUGAAACAGGAUCUUUAAUCACAUUGAAUUUGAAGACGAUGACGAUACAAGAUACGUUUAUGCUCAAAGCAUCUUCAAAAUCACCAUCUUCAUUACCUUUAAUGCCAAUAGAGACCAUUAAAUUUAAUCAUAAUGGUCAAAUGUUAGUUACAGGAGAUAAAUCUGGUUAUAUAAGAAUAUUUGAUAUUCGAACAUUAACACCAAUUAUGGAGUGGAAUAUUUCUAAUUCAAGUAAAAUUGGAAGUGGAGUCAUCUGUUCAUCUCAAUUUAGUUUUGAUGAGAAUUCUAUAUAUGUAGUUGACGAGUCAGGAGAGUUGUCACAAUGGUCAAGUCGUAAACCUGGAUCUGUUAUGUCACAAUCACAAUUACAAGGCUUUCCACCAGCGAUGCCAAUAACUUCAACGAAUCUUACUCCAAAAUUAUCCCGCAAACGUACGCCAUCAAUGUCAUCAAUUCGUUCAAUCAAAUCUACAAGAUCAACAUCUUCAAUACCUGCAAUUAUCGAAUCCACACCUUACGUGCCGACUUCACGUGUACCUAUGAUAGCAUUUAAUGACGAUACUGAAUACCUAGUUUGUGUUGGCGAUAAUGGCGGAACUCAGGGUGUUAUUUACCAAACAUCCAAUGGAGAACAAGUUCAAACAUUAAAAUCACACAGACAAUAUUUAACGGCCGUUGAUUGGUCAGAAAAUACCAUAAUAACUGCGGCAAUGGAUGGAACCGUUAGAGUAUCUAGAAUGGUAAAUUCAUAGUUUCAUGGAGUAAAUUCUCACAAAAAUUGUUAGAAUUUUUUUGUGUAUUAUUAUGAUAGCGGAGUAUUUAUUUUAUUUAUUUAUAACCUUUAUUUAUUUUAUUUUCUUUUUUUUUUAAAAAAAAAAAAUAAACCAUCUUUUUUUUAUGUAAUGGAA